GUGGCGAUUGUUCCAGUCUAUUCCAACAUUUCAUAUUACAGAAAAAUUGGGGUCCAACCUGAUUCUUUGUCCUUAUAAAUAACUGAUGUUUUUUCUGUCUAUAGAGCUUUUAUUGUUUUUUAUUUUUGAAAUUAAAAGUCCAGUAGAUGUAUUGUGGUAGAGGUCUCUUUACACUAAUUAAGUUUUAGGAAAAGUAUCUUCUUUCUUAAAUUAUUUUUUCCCCUUCAAUUUCUCUGUCUUCACUCUCUGGAAUAUCUGAUGUAUGCAUAUUGGAUUUUUUUCAUUUAUCUUCCAUGUCACUUGUCAUUUCUCUCAUUAUUUUAAUCUCUUUAUCCCUCUGUGGAGUCAUUUCCACUUCACUAUUCCAUUUCUGCAGAGCCCAGCUGCCACGUGACAGCACUUCUCAUCUCUUCAAAGAUUUUUGCUUUGGCACCUCUUCCUGUUCUGACUUCACAAAUGCAGUGCUAGAUUUAAUCUUGUCACAACCAUGACUAAAAAUCUUCUGAGAUUUUUGCCUGUUCUUUGCUGUAGUUCACAUAAAAAUAUUGGCUUUGACUUCUCAGGUGGUCUUUUCUCUUAAAACUUUGAAAUCUUUUCUUAUGUCCAGUGAUUUUUACUAUGUGCUUUCCCAUGGAGAGGGAGGUCUGCGUGAGUCCAGGACUGAAAUUGACAUGGUUUCCACAAGAGAUCACUAGGGUUCUAAUCCACAUCUGUCAGGUCAAAUGAUAGGAGCACAGAAAAGUCAAGUUUUGCUUUGCUUACAUCCUUUGAGAGGAGGAGCUAGAGACGGUGAUAAGAAGGGAGGCUUCAACUUCGUGAGUUUCUUUUUGCUUUGACAGCCAGACAUUAGCUGGGGCAAUGACUCCUAGCCAGGGUCAGCCAUCAGUUCAUAUGUAAAACAAAAUGCUCUGUGCAAAAGGCUCUUCAAUCCCCCAGCCCACAGCAUCACAUGGUCUCUUUAGAAGCACUGAUGGACCUCCCAGUGGCUCCCAGUGGCUCCUCAGUGUGUCCCAACUCCAGCCCUAACCACAGAGGAGAUGUAGCCUGGCUCUCUGUUGCCCCUACAUCCCACCUGAGGCUGUGUCAGCGGCUGCUCCGAGCUGUGCAGAGGGGCAGCAGCAGAGUGGCCACGCCACUGCCUGCCACCCAUGCUGUCCUUGGGCUUCCACAGGAGGGUGCUGAUGAGCAGGACUACGCUUCAUAGCUGCAGGUCUAGUUGGUGCUCUUUACCCUUGCCCAUCUGUGCCACAUCAGGCAGAAGAUGUACCUUUAUCUUCUGCUGCAAAGGCUGUCAGCCUCCUCUAACUUCCGUGCCCAUGCAGGUUUUCCCCCAUCUGUGUGUUAUUGGUUGGGCGACAAUACUUUCUGGUUUGCCUGGGAUGGUCCCAGAUUCCUCUUGGUUGUCCCAGCAUAAAUGUUAAUAACACGCCCUUUUACUCUCAAAAGUGUGCUCGUAUGAGCAAUAAAUUAUAUGAUCACUCUGGUUAACGAUCAUUUCACAGGGGACUGGGAACGGCCAGUUGCUCUCAGAUGAUCACAUCACCCUCCUUCCCAGAAGCUGGUGUAAUUUUUUUUUUUAUCAAAUUGAUGCCAGUUCAGUAAUGGCCAUUCUCCCCAUCCCUGUGUCUCAACCCAUCUUUAGUAACUUUCUCCUCUCCGGGCAGAUCAUUUUAUCUUUCUGAACCUCUCUUUCUUGCUCUCUUAAAUAAGGGUACUGAACUCUGUCAUGCCAACCUCACACUGCCCACAGGUCAAGGUAAGACCACGGAUGCAAAAGCCUCUGUAAACCGUAAACUGCAAAGUGCAGUAAAAAUGUGAGGCUUCAUUUCAGGAAGGCCUAGAAUGUGGAAAGGGCUGCUGCGUGGGUGGUACUGGCAGCCCCUCGUCCCUGUUCUGGGAUUCGAUCUGCUGGGCCCAGCCGCUGGACUCACUGUCUUCCUCUCCUCCUCACCCCCUAUCUCGGCAGGAGAAUCGCUGCCCUUGGCCACCUCCAAUCAAGUUCUCAUUAAGUUCAGUGCCAAAGGCCAAGCACCAGCCAGAGGCUUCCACUUUGUCUACCAAGCCGUGCCCCGAACCAGCGCCACACAGUGCAGCUCUGUGCCAGAACCCCGCUAUGGCAAGAGGCUGGGCAGUGACUUCUCGGUGGGGGCCAUCGUCCGCUUCGAAUGCAACUCCGGCUAUGCCCUGCAGGGGUCCCCCGAAAUCAAGUGCCUCCCUGUGCCCGGGGCCUUGGCCCAGUGGAAUGUGUCAGCACCAACGUGUGUAGUGCCGUGUGGAGGCAACCUCACAGAGCGCAGGGGCACCAUCCUGUCCCCCGGCUUCCCGGAGCCCUACCUCAACAGCCUCAACUGUGUGUGGAAGAUCGUGGUCCCCGAAGGCGCUGGCAUCCAGAUUCAAGUCAUCAGUUUUGUCACAGAGCAGAACUGGGACUCCCUGGAAGUGUUUGAUGGUGCUGACAACACUGUAACCAUGCUGGGAAGUUUCUCAGGUAAGCUGGGGCUUCCAGAGGCUUCCAUUUGGAAGGUAGCGGGUACUGAACUCUGUCAUGCCAACCUCACACUGCCCACAGGUCAAGGAAGGCCUAGAAUGUGGAAAGGGCUGCUGCGUGGGUGGUACUGGCAGCCCCUCGUCCCUGUUCUGGGAUUCGAUCUGCUGGGCCCAGCCGCUGGACUCACUGUCUUCCUCUCCUCCUCACCCCCUAUCUCGGCAGGAGAAUCGCUGCCCUUGGCCACCUCCAAUCAAGUUCUCAUUAAGUUCAGUGCCAAAGGCCAAGCACCAGCCAGAGGCUUCCACUUUGUCUACCAAGCCGUGCCCCGAACCAGCGCCACACAGUGCAGCUCUGUGCCAGAACCCCGCUAUGGCAAGAGGCUGGGCAGUGACUUCUCGGUGGGGGCCAUCGUCCGCUUCGAAUGCAACUCCGGCUAUGCCCUGCAGGGGUCCCCCGAAAUCAAGUGCCUCCCUGUGCCCGGGGCCUUGGCCCAGUGGAAUGUGUCAGCACCAACGUGUGUAGUGCCGUGUGGAGGCAACCUCACAGAGCGCAGGGGCACCAUCCUGUCCCCCGGCUUCCCGGAGCCCUACCUCAACAGCCUCAACUGUGUGUGGAAGAUCGUGGUCCCCGAAGGCGCUGGCAUCCAGAUUCAAGUCAUCAGUUUUGUCACAGAGCAGAACUGGGACUCCCUGGAAGUGUUUGAUGGUGCUGACAACACUGUAACCAUGCUGGGAAGUUUCUCAGGAACAACCGUGCCAGCCCUUCUGAACAGCACCUCCAACCAGCUCUACCUCCAUUUCUACUCAGAUAUCAGUGUGUCUGCAGCCGGCUUCCACUUGGAGUACAAAACGGUGGGCCUGAGCAGUUGCCCGGAACCUGCUGUGCCCAGUAAUGGGGUGAAGACUGGGGAGCGCUACUUGGUGAAUGAUGUGGUCUCUUUCCAGUGCGAGCCGGGAUACGCCCUCCAGGGCCACGCCCACAUCUCCUGCAUGCCCGGAACCGUGCGGCGAUGGAACUACCCUCCUCCGCUCUGUAUCGCACAGUGUGGAGGAGUAGUGGAAGAGAUGGAGGGGGUGAUCCUAAGCCCUGGCUUCCCAGGCAACUACCCCAGCAACAUGGACUGCUCCUGGAAAAUAGCACUGCCCGUGGGCUUUGGAGCUCACAUCCAGUUCCUGAACUUCUCCACCGAGCCCAACCAUGACUUCGUAGAAAUCCGGAACGGCCCCUACGAGACCAGCCGCAUGAUGGGCAGGUUCAGCGGAAGCGAGAUCCCGAGCUCCCUGCUCUCCACGUCCCACGAGACCACCGUGUACUUCCACAGCGACCACUCCCAGAACCGGCCAGGAUUCAAGCUGGAGUACCAGGCCUAUGAACUUCAAGAGUGCCCAGACCCAGAGCCCUUUGCCAGUGGCAUUGUGAGGGGAGCUGGCUACAAUGUUGGACAGUCAGUGACCUUCGAGUGCCUCCCAGGAUAUCAACUGAUUGGCCACCCUGUCCUCACAUGUCAACAUGGCACCAACAGGAACUGGGACCACCCGCUGCCCAGGUGUGAAGUGCCCUGUGGCGGGAACAUCUCCUCUUCCAAUGGCACUGUGUACUCCCCGGGGUUCCCAAGUCCGUACUCCAGCUCCCAGGACUGUGUCUGGCUGAUCACCGUGCCCAUUGGUCAUGGCGUCCACCUCAACAUGAGCCUGCUGCAGACAGAGCCCUCCGGAGACUUCAUCACUAUCUGGGAUGGGCCACAACAGACAGCUCCACAGCUUGGAGUCUUCACCCGGAGCUUAGCCAAGAAAACGAUGCACAGCUCUUCCAACCAGGUCCUGCUCAAGUUCCACCGUGAUGCAGCCACAGGGGGGAUCUUCGCCAUAGCCUUCUCAGCUUAUCCACUCACCAAGUGCCCUCCGCCCACCAUUCUCCCUAACGCUGAAGUCAUCACAGAGAACGAAGAAUUCAACAUAGGUGACAUUGUACGCUACAGGUGUCUUCCUGGCUUCACCUUAGUGGGGAGUGAAAUCCUGACCUGCAAACUUGGAACCUACCUGCAGUUUGAAGGCCCACCCCCGAUAUGUGAAGUGCACUGCCCAACGAAUGAGCUUCUGACAGCCUCCACAGGUGUGAUCCUGAGUCAGAGCUACCCUGGGAGCUACCCCCAGUUCCAGACCUGCUCUUGGCUGGUGAGAGUGGAGCCCGGGUAUAACAUCUCCCUCACCGUGGAGUACUUCCUCAGCGAGAAGCAGUAUGAUGAGUUUGAGAUCUUUGAUGGACCCUCAGGACAGAGUCCUCUACUGAAAGCCCUCAGUGGGAAUUACUCAGCUCCCCUGAUUGUCACCAGCUCAAGCAACUCCGUGUACCUGCGCUGGUCAUCUGACCAUGCCUACAAUCGGAAGGGCUUUAAGAUUCGGUAUUCGGCCCCUUACUGCAGCCUGCCCAGGGCUCCACUCCACGGCUUCGUCCUGGGCCAGACCAGCACCCAGCCCGGCGGCUCCACACACUUUGGUUGUAAUGCCGGGUACCGCUUGGUGGGACACAGCAUGGCCAUUUGUACCCGGCACCUCCAGGGCUACCACCUGUGGAGCGAGGCCAUUCCUCUCUGUCAAGCUCUUUCCUGUGGUCUUCCUGAGGCCCCUAAGAAUGGAAUGGUGUUUGGCAAGGAGUACACAGUGGGAACCAAGGCAGUGUACAGCUGCAGUGAAGGCUACCACCUUCCGGCAGGCGCCGAGGCCACUGCAGAGUGUCUGGAUACAGGCCUGUGGAGCAACCACAAUGUCCCCCCACAGUGUGUCCCUGUGACCUGUCCAGAUAUCAGCAGCAUCAGCGUGGAGCAUGGUCGAUGGAGGCUCAUCUUUGAGACACAGUACCAAUUCCAGGCCCAGCUGAUGCUCAUCUGUGACCCUGGCUACUACUAUACAGGCCAAAGGGUCAUCCGCUGUCAGGCCAAUGGCAGAUGGAGCCUCGGGGACUCUAUGCCCACCUGCCAAAUCAUCUCCUGUGGAGAGCUCCCCAUCCCCCCCAAUGGGCACCGCAUCGGGACAUUGUCUGUCUAUGGGGCAACAGCCAUCUUCUCCUGCAACUCGGGAUACACGCUGGUGGGCUCCAGAGUAGUGCGGGAAUGCAUGGCCAACGGGCUCUGGAGUGGCUCUGAAGUCCGCUGCCUUGCUGGACACUGUGGGACUCCCGAGCCCAUCGUCAACGGACACAUCAAUGGAGAGAACUACAGCUACCGGGGCAGCGUGGUGUACCAGUGCCAUGCCGGCUUCCGCCUGAUCGGCAUGUCUGUGCGCAUCUGCCAGCAGGAUCAUCACUGGUCGGGCAAGACCCCUUUCUGUGUGCCAAUUACCUGUGGACACCCAGGCAACCCUAUCAACGGCCUCACUCAGGGCAACCAGUUUAACCUCAAUGAUGUGGUCAAGUUUGCUUGCAACCCUGGGUAUGUGGCUGAGGGGGCUGCCAGGUCCCAAUGCCUGGCCAACGGGCAGUGGAGCGACAUGCUGCCCACCUGCAGAAUCAUGAACUGUACAGAUCCUGGGCACCAAGAAAACAGCGUUCGUCAAGUCCAUGCCAGCAGCCCGCACAGAUUCAGCUAUGGCACCACCGUGUCUUACCAGUGCAACCACGGCUUCUACCUCCUGGGCACCCCCGUGCUCAGCUGCCAGGGAGACGGCACGUGGGACCGUCCCCGCCCCCAGUGUCUCUUGGUGUCCUGUGGCCAUCCUGGCUCCCCACCUCAUUCCCAGAUGUCCGGAGACAGCUAUACUGUGGGGGCAGUCGUGCGUUACAGCUGCACUGGCAAGCGGACUCUGGUGGGAAACGCCACCCGCAUGUGUGGGCUGGAUGGACACUGGACUGGCUCCCUCCCCCACUGCUCAGGAACCAGCACGGGAGUUUGUGGUGACCCUGGGAUCCCAGCCCAUGGCAUCCGUUUGGGGGACAGCUUUGCCCCAGGUGGUCUGAUGCGCUUCAGCUGUGAGGCUGGCCACACGCUGCGCGGAUCAUCAGAGCGAACCUGCCAAGCCGAUGGCUCAUGGAGUGGCACCCAGCCUGAGUGUGGAGUGAUCUCUUGUGGGAACCCCGGGACUCCAAGCAAUGCCCACGUGGUGUUCAGUGAUGGCCUAGUUUUCUCCAGCUCUGUUGUCUAUGAGUGCCGGGAAGGCUACUACGCCACAGGCCUGCUCAGCCGGCACUGCUCGGUCAAUGGCACCUGGACAGGCAGUGACCCCGAAUGCACAGUCAUAAACUGCGGGGACCCUGGGGUUCCAGCCAAUGGCCUCCGGCUGGGCAAUGACUUCAGGUACAACAAAACUGUGACAUAUCAGUGUGUCCCCGGCUACACGAUGGAGUCACAUAGGGUGUCUGUGCUGAGCUGCACCAAGGACCGGACGUGGAAUGGUACCAAGCCAGUCUGCAAAGCUGUCAUGUGCAAGCCACCUCAGCUCAUCCCCAAUGGGAAAGUGGUGGGGACCGACUUCAUGUGGGGCUCGAGCGUGACUUAUGCCUGCCUGGAGGGGUACCAGCUCUCCCUGCCCGCCGUGCUCACCUGUGAGGGGAAUGGAUCCUGGACAGGAGAGCUGCCGCAGUGCUUCCCUGUGUUCUGCGGAGAUCCUGGUGUCCCACCCCAUGGGAGGAGAGAGGACCGAGGCUUCUCCUACAGGUCAUCGGUCUCCUACUCCUGCCUUCCCCCUCUGGUGCUGGUGGGCUCUCCACGAAGGUUUUGCCAGUCAGAUGGGACUUGGAGUGGCACCCAGCCCAGCUGCAUAGAUCCGACACUGACCAUGUGUGCAGAUCCUGGCGUGCCACAGUUUGGGACACAGAACAGUUCCCAGGGCUACCAGGUGGGAAGCACAGUGCUUUUCCGUUGUCAAAAAGGUUACCUGCUUCAGGGCUCCACCACCAGGACCUGCCUCCCCAACCUGACCUGGAGCGGAACCCCACCUGACUGUGUCCCACACCACUGCAAGCAGCCAGAGACGCCAACCCAUGCCAACGUCGGAGCCCUGGACUUGCCCUCCAUGGGCUACACACUCAUCUACUCCUGCCAGGAGGGCUUCUCUCUCAAGGGUGGCUCCGAGCACCGCACCUGCAAAGCAGAUGGCAGCUGGACAGGCAAACCCCCCAUCUGCCUGGAGGUCCGGCCCAGUGGGAGACCCAUCAACACUGCCCGGGAGCCACCACUCACUCAAGUCUCAGUUCCUGGGGAUGUUUUUGCCAAGAAUUCCCUGUGGAAAGGGGCCUAUGAGUACCAGGGCAAGAAGCAGCCGGCCAUGCUCAGAGUGACUGGCUUCCAGGUUGCCAGCAGCAAGGUCAACGCCACCAUGAUAGACCACAGUGGUGUGGAGCUGCACUUAGCUGGAAAUUACAAGAAGGAAGAUUUCCAUCUUCUGCUCCAGGUUUACCAGAUUACAGGGCCGGUGGAGAUCUUUGUGAAUAAGUUCAAAGAUGACCACUGGGCUUUGGAUGGGCAUGUCUCCUCAGAGUCCUCCGGAGGCACCUUCAUCUACCAAGGCUCUGUGAAAGGCCAAGAAGGCUUUGGGCAGUUCGGCUUUCAAAGACUUGACCUCAGGCUGUUGGAGUCAGAUCCCGAGUCCAUCGGCCGCCACUUUGCUUCCAACAGCAGCUCCGUGGCAGCCGCCAUCCUGGUGCCUUUCAUCGCCCUCAUCAUUGCAGGCUUUGUGCUGUAUCUCUACAAGCACAGGAGAAGACCCAAAGUCCCUUUCAAUGGCUAUGCCGGCCACGAGAACACAAAUGUUCGAGCCACAUUUGAGAACCCAAUGUAUGACCGCAACAUCCAGCCCACAGACAUCAUGGCCAGCGAGGCGGAGUUCACAGUCAGCACAGUGUGUACAGCAGUAUAGCCACCAGGCCUGGCUGCCACUGCCACCGCCACAGAGAGCCCCGCCUCCAGCAGCCGUUCCCCAGGGGGCAGGCCACAGGCCCCCCUGAGCACAGUGCCCAGUGCCCAUCUUCGUCCGUCUCUCUGCCUGUAUCUGCUACUGCUGGGACUUGGGCCCUCGCCCUGCCGCCAUCUGCGUCCACCACCCUGGAGGGGACUCCCGCUAUGCCCUGACUUGCGGCAGCGAAGGAAGAGGAGCUGCAGACGGAGGAAGGAAGUGUAUGGAUUUAAAACAGCAAAGCAAUUUGUGGAUGUGCGGUGUGUGUGUACAGGCCUGAGCGUGCACGUGCACACACACACACACAACAACCCUACCCUUCAUUUACAUCCUGUGGAAGAGACCAUAAAGACUUAACAAAAGUGAAAUGUGUGUGAAAGACAUCCCAUGUCCUGUCCUGACAAACACAGAGAAGAGAUGAAGAGGGGACGGACAUGCCCCCGCCUGUCCCACGUGCGAGGACACAGCGAAUGUACUAGUAGGAUGCCUCCCCUGGUGGUCAGUACGCAGAAACCAGCCAUCUGCAGAUGGACAGUCCCAUCUGCACAGUGACAGCCAGGACUACCCCAAGAGCAGGAAAGAAACCUCCAAAAACAGUUUAGAAAUUAAUUUCUUUAUUUUUUCAAACAUAAUUUUAUUGAGCUCUAAACCAAGUGAAUUAAAAAGUCAUUUGGGUCUUGGGCAGCACUAGAAAAGAAGGGCGAGUCGAGGGGAGGCAGGACAGGAAUCUGGCCAGGAGCCCAAGGUCAAAUCUGGCUGUCCACUGACAGAGAAGAGCAAACAAGUCUGUGCCCAGCCAGGGAUGCCGGGUCUGGAGGCAGCAGGGAAGUGCUGGAAGGGACAGGGGAGUGAGCCUGCCCCAGGACCCCCAAAAUAAUGACCACCGCAUACUGGCUUGCUUCUCUGUGCCUGACACUUCACAUAUAUUAUUUCUUGUCUAUACACAAAACAUAGGAUUUAUUAUUCCCAGUUUAUAGGUGAACAAACCGAAGCCCGGAAAGCUGAAGAGACGUGAGCCAGAGAGUAAGUGCAGAGUCAGAAUGCAAAUCCAGUCGGUCUGACCUCCAAGCCCACAACACCAGCUGCCAGAAACCUAGGUCUAGAAAGGGCAUCAAAGACAGGGAGGAGGAACUGGAUCUCUACAGGAGCUCUGUGGCCAGGUCUGGCAUGCCAGGCAGGGCAUCCAUGUGUCCUAUCUGGGCUCUGCUCUCUCCACGUGGGCAGCGUCACAGCAAGGACCCAGUACCCAGACCUCUGCUCCCAGCAGGCCCUGCCCAUAGCAGACAAAACACCUGGAAGCUCCUGAAUCAAAAGAAUGUAGUAAGUGAAAGUCACACUCUCCAGCUUCUUGCAAGUGGGCUUGAUUUAUUUUGACAGUUUCAUUGUGCUUGGGUAUUAUAUUGUGCCUGAGUACUGCUGGGAAGCUAAGGAACUUAGGAAUCAAAGUACAGCAUUUAGAACCACUUUCUAUGUCCUCUGGAAGGUCUCCAUGGGCAUAAGCACCUGCGCACGUGCGACAUGCUGGCCUCAGAUGUUCAUAUCACAUAUUGAAAUCAGAUAUAGAAAUGUGUGGGAAUAGAGGGGCAGGGACACCUGAUUCUUAGGCAAAUUCUGGGUUGGAACAAUUAAAAGAUCUGACUGAUGUUAAGAUUGGCUAAAAUGAGAGGUGUCAGUUUCCAGCGAUACAAUGAAGACUGCCCACCCCUGCCUGCACUUGGCAUCCCUGGGCUUGGCAGGAGUGGACCAAUCCAGACAAACACACUCACGCUCUCAUCUCUUUCUUUCCCUGGAAACAAGUGCAGGAAGCUCUUUGGCUGCCCCCUUCUCCCUUCUUAUAUUCCUCUCAGACCACCCAGUGGACUCCCCCAGCCCUGCCUCCACUCCCUCCCUGUGUCUCCUGUGAAGUCCCAUGAGAUGCCCAAGGAGCACAUGCUGGUGGGAUACCGAGGACUCUGCUGUGCAUCACCCUCUCCCACCUCUGGCUUUUUCUCUCCACCUCCAGAGGCUUGGAAGGGAACAGGGCAGAUUAUAUCCUUCACCUGCCAAUCACACCAUAUCCCCACCACCAUCCCAUGAGGAAAAAAAAGUAAAACAAAAACAAAAAAAAUCUUUUGUACAGAGAUAUAUUUUUAUUAUACAAAGUUUGUACAGUACCAAAAAAAGAAAGAAAAAAGGUGUAAAUUUUUUUUCAUUAUUGUAGGUAAACAGUAGUGGAAGCCUUUUUUGUAAAUGUAAUAAAAUGUAUAAAUAUGGUUUUCAGAAAACAUCAACUGCUGUAAAUAUGUAAUCUACACACCUUCUUGGCUUGUCUGCAGUAUAUACAUUUAAUUUAUCUGUCUCUGUAUAUGAGGCUUCCCCCUGGGGGUCCUGCAUUAUGGUACUUUACUGAAUUUGAAAGCAAUUUUAAAUUUUUUGAAUUCAAAUAAAAUAUAAAUUUUUGCAUUGGUUUUCUUA